GGAAUCGAACACCCAACCUCUGGCUCCGCAUCCAGAGAAUGAAACAGGACCAGCACCCUUUCGCUGACAGACAAAAGUGUGUUGAUGCUCUAGAUGCUUUAUCCCAAACUACUUACCUUGGUAAUUGUCUAUGGAGGCAAGAACGCAGACAGCCUUGUGAAAUACAUUUAGCAUGCCUAGAUGUGAAAAGCCAGCUGCCUCACCAAGAAAUGUGGAUGCUGAAAUUGAAGAAGACAGCGCUGGUGAAAGUGAAGAGGAAGAAUCUGAGCAGAAGAAAAAAACAUCAAAUAAAAAGAACCGAGAGAAAGGAAAAGCUGAGGAAGAGGAGGAUGAAGAGGAGGAUGAAGAGACUGCUGCAGAACGUAGACGAAAAUACAAAAGACGGCGGAUGAAGGAUGCAGGAAAAGAGGGGGAGGAAUCUGAGGGAGAAGCUUGUAAAAACAGGAAAAACAGAGCAAAUCAAAAAACGAAGGAAGAUGGUGAAGAAGAGGACGAAGUGGAGAGAAAAGGCAAGAAAAAGGGUGGGAAGAAGAAGAAGAAGAAAGACAAAAAGAGGAAAGGAUCAAGCUCCGAUUCUAGUUCUGAAGAGGAGUUAACUGAGGAGGAAGUGGCCAAGUUAAAGGAAGCAGUGGAAGAAAAAAAGAAACUGAUUGCCACACUGCGCAGUAAGCCCUGGAAUAUGAAGAAGAAGCUCGAAGUCCUGAAAGAUGCUCAGCGUUUUGUGGAAAAAUUUGAAGGGGCUCUUGGCAAAGGCAAAGGAAAAAAGUUUUAUGCGUAUAAAGUGAUGAUGAUGAAAAAAUGGAUGAAAUUUCAACGGGACUUUGAGAAUUUUAAAACAGCAUGCAUACCGUGGGAAAUGAAAAUAAAAGAAAUUGAAAGUCAUUUUGGCUCUUCAGUUGCAUCUUACUUCAUAUUUUUACGGUGGAUGUAUGGGAUAAAUAUUGUUCUGUUUGGACUUACUUUUGGCCUUGUCAUGGUGCCUGAGGCACUGAUGGGGAAACCACAUGGGUCUUUACCCAGAAAAACUGUGCCAAGAGCAGAGGAAGCAACUGCUAUGAACUUUGCUACUCUGUGGGAUUUCAGUGGCUUUGCACAAUAUUCUGUCCUUUUUUAUGGAUAUUACAAUAACCAGAGAACAAUUGGCUGGUUGAAGUUCCGGAUGCCUCUCUCCUACUUUUUGGUUGGAGUCGGGAGCAUUGCUUACAGCUUCAUGGUUGUCAUACGCACAAUGGCAAAGAAUGCGCAUGACGAUGGUGGGGGAGAUGACACAAGUUUUAACUUCAGCUGGAAAAUGUUCACCAGCUGGGAUUACUUGAUUGGCAACCCUGAAACAGCCGAUAACAAGUUUGCAUCAAUAACAACUAGCUUUAAGGAAGCCAUUGUGGAGGAACAAGAAAGCCGGAGGGAUGAGAACAUCCAUUUGACCCGAUUCCUGAGAGUUCUUGCUAAUUUCUUUGCCUUGUGCACUUUGGCUGGGAGUGGUUAUCUCAUCUACUUUGUUGUGAGGCGAUCUCAGAAGUUUGCUUUGGAAGGUCUUGAAAACUAUGGAUGGUGGGAGAGAAAUGAGGUUAACAUGGUCAUGUCCCUUCUGGGAAUGUUCUGUCCUACUGUGUUUGAUGUCAUCAGUGCCCUGGAAAACUAUCAUCCUCGAAUUGCCCUCCGCUGGCAGCUAGGGCGCAUAUUUGCUCUCUUUCUGGGCAACCUGUACACUUUCAUUAUUGCUCUCAUGGAUGAAAUCAAUUUGAAGGCACGUCAGAUAAUCGAAUUUGUGCGACUCACCGUCUCUGACACCGUGACGACCUACAUCACAAUUUUAAUUGGUGAUUUCCUAAAAGCUGUCUUUGUCAGGUUUUUCAAUUACUGCUGGUGCUGGGACUUGGAAUAUGGUUUUCCUUCCUAUUCAGAAUUUGAUAUAAGUGGAAACGUGUUGGGUCUGAUCUUCAAUCAAGGCAUGAUCUGGAUGGGCUCUUUUUAUGCACCAUGCCUCCCAGCCAUCAAUGUCAUCCGUCUCCAUACUUCCAUGUACCUGCAGUGUUGGGCUGUGAUGUGCUGUAAUGUUCCCCAUGAGAGAGUCUUCAAAGCCUCGAGAUCAAACAACUUCUACAUGGCCAUGUUGCUGUUCAUUCUCUUCCUCUCCACGCUGCCAGUUGUCUACACCAUUGUUUCCAUCCCGCCAUCUUUUGAUUGCGGUCCGUUCAGUGGAAAAACCAGAAUGUUUGAGGUCAUUGGAGAAACUCUGGAGCAUGAUUUCCCUUCCUGGUUCCAGAAAGUUUUUAAUCUUGCCUCAAAUCCUGGCGUGAUCCUACCCUUCAUCCUGCUGAUGGUCUUGAGCAUCUACUACCUCAAUGCCACUUCGAAAGGGUACAAGGAUAUGAACUUGGAGCUCAAGAAGAAACUGCAAAAUCAAGCUGAGGAAAACAAAAGAAGGAACAAACAAAAAGCCCAGCAACAACGGGAAAAUGAAGACAUCUCCAUUGAGCCUGAGACCAAACCAAGCAAUCCAAAAGGAGAUAAAGAAAAAGGAGAGAAGGAGUCAAAGAAACAGCAGGCUCCACAGCAGGAGGAAAGGCCCAGCAUUGCAAAUGGAAGCUACCCUCCCCAUGGCAGAGGAGGAGGAGGAGGAGCGCCAGCCCCUCUGCCGCGGAUAGCAGUGACUAGGCCUCCAGGACCCAGGGGCGUUGGCAUGAAUGGCCAUCUUCCCGGACAGCCACGCUUUGGAGGUCUUCCCCCCAGGAUGCCAGGAGGACCACCUCAACGUUACUGAUACAGAGAAAGUUACCAGCUUAGUCUUCUGUAGUAUUUUUACUCUACAGCACAACUCCAAAUGCUUGCAGAGGAAAGCACUUAAGUUUUUUAUAUUCGGAAGAUAAUGCAGAGCUAGAAUCUGCAAGGCUAUCAGAAACAAAGUGGCUUGGACCUAAUUUCAUAAGCAUCUUGGGGCUACGCAAGGUCUUGAGCUAAGUCUUCUUCAUGCCUAAGAGAGAAAGGGGUUUUUGUAGUUUUUUUCAAUUGAGAAGGGCAGAAUUUAGGGUCAGUAAUUGGUAGAAACCUACUUGCACACGGUACACCUAAUCUGGAUCAUGCUUCUGUGUGCCUGUCUGUAGCUGAAAGAGGAAGAUGAGCACCCUACACAUGUCAUAUCAAGGCGGGUGUAAAUAUCGGAAGUGUUAUGUUGACAAAUAUAAUAAAUUA